AUGGCGGCGGGGCUGGUGGAGGAGGCGUUCAGGAGCGCAGGAGAAGACAAUGCUGAGGAUCUUCAAACCAUGCGAGCUGAUGUCCUCAAGGACUACGCGAGCAAGCAAAGUGUUGGCGCAACUCUCCGCCAACUCCUCAAUCGCCUGCUGAUCAAACAGCCCGAUGAUCCCGUGCUCUAUAUGAUCAACUCUCUUGAAAACUGGCAUGUUCUGAAAGUUUGCGUCCUCGGCCCCCCCGGCUCGGGGAAAAAAACUCUCUGCGAGAUGCUUUCGCGACGACUGGGACUUGAGCACGUCUGCCCUGCGGAUAUUGCGUCGGGAUUCUCGGACACAGCGAAGCAGAAUGGAAAGGAGCAAAGUCGUCAAAUAAGAGAUGGGCAGGAAUCUCUCCAGGAGCUGAUCCUCGAGAGGUUGAAAGAUGCUUCCUGCGAAGAAAAGGGGUGGAUCAUCGACAGUUGGCCGCAGAACGUGGAGCAGGCAGACCGGAUGAUCAGAGAAGGGUGUUCUCCUCAAAUUCUGAUCAGAAUCGAAGUUUCAGAUCGAAUCGUGGAAGAUAGAAUCACUUUCAGAACAUUGCAUGUACCCACAGGAAGAGUUUAUCAUUACAUGCUUGAUCCUCCGCCAUUGGGAGAAGCCCAUCACUGUGUGCAGAGGCAGGGAGAGAGCUCAACGGAGGUUUUAGAGGCAUACCGGGAUAGUAUAGUGCAUAUAUCGACAAAACUUGCAAAGGAAUGCGGUACAUCAGAGAUCGAGGUAUUUGUUUCGAUCGACGGACAAGCUCCUCUUGAAAACUACGAGGAUAUAUCCGAUUCGUUAGCGAGAAAGAUUGGGAUUUGA